UAUCUCAUUCGCGAACAAGGAAGUAAAUAAGAUCAUUUUUCACAAAACUCCUGUAUCAAAUUAUUGUAUGUUUGAUAUAAGAAAAAUGGCGAAGUCAAUUACUGCAGAUAGUUUAACUAAACUUAUCACAAGCUAUGGAACGCUGGAUAAAAAUGAAAAAAUACAAUUAGGGAAAGCAGCGCAGGAAGAAUGGAAGGCAGCCAUAGGAAAAAUAAACAUUACAACAAAACGGAAACCUGACAUUGAGUACAUUAGACAGUUUCUUCGUAACGUGGAAAACAAUCAGGAUCAAGGACCACGCGCGAUGUUAAAGAGAGUUAGCGACAUAUUCGACAAGAUUAUUCAACCCUUUCUCAGUGAGGAGAGAAGGAAUGCAGAGAAGCUGUUAAAGAGUCGCUCGAACAAUUCAACCAUUUCGACAAAACGAGCAAUAAAUGAUUCGCAUGCCGAAGAAGCUAUUGUUGGAAGACAGGAUCUUUCAAUGGCGGAACCCCAAACAGAAGAUCAAUACCCGGACGUAGCUUGUGUGUCGGAUGUUCCUUCCAUAGCUGAAAUCCGAGACCAUGGCGAUCAGAGGCGCGAGAGAACAAACCAUCGUACGGAAGAUAUAUCUGUUAGUACCGGACAAAAUCCUGCAAAGAUUUUUCAUGAGCUAAAAGACAGUGACGAGUGGAUGAACGCUCAUGAAGAAUUAAAAUCGAAACAAAUGACGGAACAGAGAGCUACGGAAACACUCCUGUAUAUUGCUUUGGAGGCUUUCCAGUUCAGCCGGCAAGAAGCAAAUGCAGUUCUUGAGAAAAUGUUAAAACAAUCGCACUGUAUUAUCAGUGGACAGAAGACCAGUAAAACAAAUCAGAAAUCAUCAACUACCACAGUUGAAAUUCUGAAACGUUACAUCUUUGCUCACCGCGAGAGUGCAGUUGCAAGACUGACAAAGGGAUUUUUCGACUCCCCAGCUUUAAAAAAGAUAUGUGAACAGUUUUGCAUCAAUGGCAUAGGAAAAGCAACAGAGCAAUACACUAAAGCCUGCAUUGCCGUAACAUGGUCGGCAACUGUGGAUGAAACUCCAAUUGAAAUUCAAAUACCAAAACGUGGAGAAAUAGUGGAUCGACACAAGUUUGAUCCUUAUAUAUCCAGGGGUGAUAAAAUAGACUUUGUCGUGUGGCCUGCUAUUCUCUUGCAGGAUGGUCGCUUGUUGUACAAGGGUGUUGUGGAAUUAAAAGCUAAUCACAAAUAAAAAGAUGACAUUCUUUGACAAUAACAAGAAAAUAAAGUAAUGAUAUUAUAGAGAGUCAUUGGAUGUGUGAACACGAUUUACUCUUUAAAUGUUUUUGAAAAUUAUUAUAGAAUGUAUAUGCUUGAAACAUACUUUUCUUUAAAUGUUUUCUGAUGUUAAGAAUUUAUAUUCUUUUGCAAUUGUGCUACAGGAUAUGAAAAUCCUGAGCGCUUUUUUGAAAUAAAAAGCGAUUAAAUCGU